AUGCUAUUCUCCCAGGAAAAUCGCUUGGUGUAUACUUACGAUGCCGAAACUCUUUGGAUCGAGCCAUGGGGCGAAAAUUCUCUAAGACUUCGCGCAACCAAGCUGCCUUCCAUGUCGGAGCAGGACUGGGCACUUCAACCGGCUUCACCAUCAAAGUCCAGCAUUGAGAUUACCGAAAGUACCGGUACCAUUGUCAAUGGCAAGAUUAAGGCUAUUGUGACUAAGUCGGGAAAGAUUACCGUGUGGAAUUCCAAGGGAGAAUUACUGCUCGAAGAGUAUACACGGAACCGCAAGGACGUGACGGAUGCCAAGUGCAGUGCGAUUGAGAUUGAGGCUCGUGACUUCAAAGGCAUCCUUGGCACGGACAACUUUCACCUCACAAUGCGUUUCGAGAGUGUUGAUCCCGAUGAAAAGAUCUAUGGCAUGGGCCAGUAUCAACAGCCAUUUUUUGAUCUAAAGGGCCACGAUCUGGAACUUGCUCACCGCAAUUCCCAAGCAAGCGUGCCAUUCGCGCUAUCAUCUCUGGGAUAUGGUUUCCUCUGGAACAAUCCGGGAGUGGGACGUGCCGUCCUCGGCCGUAACAUCAUGACCUUUGAGGCGUAUUCUACCACGACACUCGACUAUUGGGUGGUAGCAGGUGACAGCCCGGCAGAGAUCGAGGAGGCAUACGCCAAUGCGACCGGCAAAGUCCCUAUGAUGCCGGAAUAUGGACUUGGAUUCUGGCAAUGCAAAUUGCGCUAUCAGACUCAGGAAGAGCUCCUUGGAGUUGCUCGAGAGUACAAGCGGAGGAAGCUGCCUCUGGAUCUUAUUGUGAUUGACUUCUUUCACUGGCCGAUGCAGGGCGAGUGGAAGUUUGAUCCCACAUACUGGCCGGAUCCAGAUGCAAUGAUCCGGGAACUUGAAGAGAUGAAGGUUGAGCUGAUGGUGUCCAUCUGGCCGACCGUUGACAAACGGUCUGAGAAUUUCGAAGAAAUGGUCGAAGGGGGCUAUCUCAUUCGUACAGACCGUGGCAUCCGCAUCGGCAUGGACUUUCAGGGUGACACCAUCCACUUUGAUGCGACAAACCCAAAGGCAAGAGAGUACGUUUGGGGCAAAGUCAAGCAGAAUUACUACAGCAAGGGGAUCAAGAUACCAUCUUGGCUCUAA